AGUAUUUUUUGAUGUAAUUCUUAAACAUUCACUGCAGGUUUUUGUCACAAGUUCUAGAAUCAUUCUGUGGAACCUGAAAUUUCAUUCGAUGAUAUUUCUAACUGACAAGGGGGCAUUCUUAGGUGAAGAAUUGAACUUGUAGGUGCAGAAUUGUAAAUUGAAGGCAAUGCAAGCAAUUUCCGAGCAGGAGUUGAAAAAGUAUAUUGGGAUCAUAUUACUGAGUUCUCAAGUUUCUUAGGUGAAGGACACUCUUAAAUGCAAAUUGAAGGCAACACAACCAAUGCUAAAGAAGGAAAGCAUAUAGGGAUCAUCAUACAUGGUUCAUGAUUCAUGACUCGCUGACUGAAGCGACGUUUAGAAUCUGGGGAAUAAAAAGGUUUUGCUCAUGGCAUGGAGGAAAAUUCUCUACUCAUUGCUUUUUUACAUUACAGUGGUAGAGUCUUCAAGUCGAUCAUGGAAAAUGGGGUCCCUCCACCUGGGGGAAGAAUCAAACUUACCACUCAGCUGGCCAAUUCUCAGUGCAGGAGUAUUUGUGGUUGUUGCACUUGUGCUGUCCCUGUUUCUAAUUUUUGAGCAUAUAGCUGCCUACAAUCAGCCUGAGGAGCAAAAAUUUCUAAUUGGGCUCAUUCUGAUGGUCCCCGUUUAUGCGUCAGAAUCGUUCUUGUCAUUAUUGGAUCCAAAUUCAGCAUUCAUCUUUGAAAUUAUGCGGGACUGUUAUGAGGCAUUUGCUUUGUAUUGCUUUGAGAGGUAUCUGAUAGCCUGCUUAGGUGGCGAGGACAAUACUAUUAAGUUCAUGGAAACACACGCUCAAAUCAAUUCUAGCACCCCUCUUUUGGAAUCUGCAUAUUUUGAUGGAGCUGUGAAACAUCCAUUUCCAUUGAAUUUCUUUAUAAAGCAGUGGUAUCUUGGUCCUGACUUCUACUAUGCUGUAAAAAUUGGCAUUGUUCAAUAUAUGAUACUGAAGAUGAUCUGUGCAUUAUUAGCUAUCAUUUUUGAAUUGUUUGGGGUUUAUGGAGAAGGAAAGUUUGACUGGAGAUAUGGCUAUCCAUAUCUGGCAGUUGUCCUGAAUUUUAGUCAGACAUGGGCUCUGUAUUGUCUUGUACAGUUCUACUCUGUCACAAAAUUGAAAUUGGAACCGAUCAAACCCCUAGCUAAGUUUCUGGUAUUCAAGUCAAUAGUGUUUUUAACAUGGUGGCAGGGUGUUGCUGUUGCAUUUCUCUUUUCAAUGGGAGCUUUUAAAGGGUCUUUGGCUCAAGAGUUGAAAACAGGCAUUCAGGACUACAUCAUUUGUAUUGAGAUGGGUAUUGCUGCUAUCGUGCACCAUUAUGUUUUCCCGGCUAAACCUUACGAGCGUGGAGAAAGAUGUGUUCGUAAUGUAGCUGUAAUGGAUGACUAUGCAUCACUAGGAACACCCCCAGAUCCAGAGGAGGUUCGAGACAGUGGAAGGUUUACUAGGAUGCGCCUUGCCCGCCAUGCUGAUAGAGAAAACCGAUUGACUUUUCCGCAAAGUGUUCGUGAUGUGGUGCUUGGUAGCGGUGAAAUUAUUGUUGAUGACAUGAAGUAUACUGUUUCCCAUGUAGUGGAACCAGUUGAGAGAGGACUUGCAAAAAUAAACGAAACCUUCCAUCAGAUAUCUGAAAAUGUAAAACGGCAUGAGAAGCGAAAGAAAAACUUUAGGGAUGAUAAUUACCUUAUCCCAUUGAAUUCAUGGACCAAGGAAUUUUCAGAAGUCCGUGAUUCUCUUCUUCAAGGUAGUGUCAGUGACAGUGGAUUGGCUAGUGGGAAGAGAUUUAACCAAAACAAAACCACAGCUCAUCAUAUCGAUUAGGUAGAUGAAAUUCAUAGCUAUCAAUAUAAAUUUUUUGAUGGCAACAUUGAGAUUUGAAUGGACAUAUUUGCAUGCCUUAACACAAUAAUCUCAAUGGCAUCAACAUUGUCUCAGGAGGUUGAAGGUGGUGGGAAGCUUAUGACUACAACUUUUCAUCACUGAAAAUGUAUAGAAGCCUCCAACUGUACUACUGGCAGAAUCUCACUUUAGUUUUGUUGUGAGAGAGUAAUUCAAUUUCCAGCAUUUUGAACAGGACCAACAGGUGCUGCCAUAUGCCUGGUUAGAUAAUUCACUGAUGAGAAGAAAAGGUUUAAUUGUCAAAACCAAAGACAUUACUAUGUAGUAUGUACAUUGCAUGUAAUCUCCAACUUAGAAGCUUAAUUCUUGUACACGUAUGUUUUCACCUGGUGCUUUGGUCCAAGAGAAAAACACCUUUAAGUCGGCGUUCUAUUUGUUGGCAUUUGUCUUAUAAUAGUAAAACUUUUCU